ACCCUCUUUUAUGAUGCUCGCCAACAUUAAAAAGUGAUCCUCCGUUUUAAGGAAUGAAUUGCAUGCCAUUCGAAACAGAAAUAAUUAAGAGAAUCUUUGACGAUAGUUUCAUCCUCUGGCCAAACCGGUUAUUUUCCCAAGUGGCGCCUCGUACGUUAUGCCGCUUUUGAUUGGCUUUUCUCCCAUCGCUUCAUGUCGUCAGACCACGUACCAUUAUAGAUUGUGUCGUCAUAACAUGAAAGAGGGGACAUUCUUCCAGUUCUUUUGAAAAGAAUGUAUCAUUGAUUAAUAAUUCUUUCUUAUGCAAAACAAAAAUGGGAAAUAAUCUUGUGAUACUGGGAAGAUCUUCAUGAUUUAUUUUUAAAAUCUUUGCAAAAUAUUCAAAAAAUCGUGGCAGUUUUUCGAAACAAAAUAUUCCCAAAGGGAAAAAGCACUACUUCACACGAAAUUCACCUCAGUUCUAGCUACUUAGGCCGUGGUACAAGAAAAAACCGUCGAUAAACCAUUUUAACACAUUCACCAUAAGAAUGUGUGAACCAUUCUAUAUAAGAAACGCAGAAAAGUCAAAAAGCUUUGAUUUCUUUUCAGAUUAAACUUUCUCUUUUAGAUUGUAGAGGCUCGUCGAACUUUGCACUUGCGUCAAGUUUUUCCCGUUCGGGUACCUCAUUGCGCUUCAUGCACACUGCAAAAAAUACAAAAAAAAGAAAGCUGAGAACUAAAUUCGAACUUCUGUACUGUUUGCUCACACUAAUAAAAUACCGAUUGAUACCGCGCGGUUUGGUAGACCGUGCGGUAAUUUCAGUUCCACUGAUGGUAUACCAGGGAAUGUAACAGACUGAUAUCGGAGUGAUAACCCGGCAGUAUUUAACCGGUUUUGAUGACAUAGGUUAUUUAGUAUAAGGUAGAUUGACCUUAAUUAAGCAAAAAUACAUCGGCUAACAUUUCUCUAAUUUAUUGACUCAUCUCCACUUCAUGGACACUUCGAAAUCACUUCAAGUGAAGUGAUUCUUUUUCCUCUCAUUGGAAGAGUUCACAAUAUGCGUGUAAAAUCAGAGAUUCGACGAAACAGCAGCAGCAUGGAUGAAGCUCUUGUCAACAUUUUUUCAUAUUCACUUCGAUAUCAAUAAUCUCUGAUUUUGUUUGUUUAAGUUACUGUAUCAAAGAUAACAUUCUAAAUUUGUCAGCCACAUAUUACAGUAAAAUCAGUGUGUGUGUCUCAAAUUCAAAAGAAAUACAGUUUAUUUUAACAUUUUCUCAUCCCCUCUUCUCUCUCACAAUGAUUAUCUUAUGUUUUUGUUUAGAUAAAAUAGAAUCAUCACUUAUGACAACAAAGAAUAUAUUUCCAGAAAAAUCGAGAUUUAUUUGGAGAUUUUCAUGUAAAAAAUUGAAUCAAUUACCAUCUUGUAUCUAUAAAAAUUUGAAUGAUAAUCAACAACAAAUGACAAAUGAAGAUGAAUUACAACAGCGACAAGAAUUAGCAUUACAAUUUACCUGUAUCUUCUCAGCUGUUGUCUAUAUGCAUCGAUUUUUAAUGAUACAUCCAUGUCAAGAAUUUAAACAAGAAAUUAUUGGUGCUUGUUGUCUAUUUCUAUCGUGUAAAGUAAAUGAAUGUCCAAGAGCCGUUUUAGAUGUUAGUGAACAAGUAUUUAAAUUAAAUAAAGAUCAAAAUGAACAAAUGAAAACGAAAGAAAAGAUCAUUCAAACGUAUUGUGAAAAUAUUGUUGAAUAUGAAAAUGUUCUACUAUCGACACUUGGAUUUUGUGUUACAGUUGAACAACCAUACAUGCAAAUUGCAAAAACAACACAAGCACUUUCAUUAUCACGUGAAUUGAAUGAUAUAGCCUAUAAUUUAGCAACGAAAAGUAUAUUUUUAACAUUAUUUUCAAUGAAAUAUUCAACAAAUUUGAUUGCUUGUUUUUCAAUCUAUUUAGCCGCAUCGAUGUCAGAUAUUACGAUUCAAGAUAAUCCGAAUGGAAGUGAAUGGUUUCACUUAGUUAAUGAAGAGAUUACUGAACAACGGUUGAUGGGUAUGUCUAUUGCCUAA